AUGGUUACCAUGGGCCCACCACAGGGUGUUCGUCCAGGCGACAUUCUGGAGGUUCUUCAUGAAUUUGGCGGUCGCGGCGAAGACGAGUUGAUCAUGUUACCACGCGAUAAGAUCGAAUUGGUGGAGUUGGAUGAAGGAUUUGGAGAUGCGUGGUACUUGGGAAAGAACUUGAGGACGGGACAGACAGGUCUCUUCCCUGCGAAUUUUACCAGAAUUGGAGCCCCGCCGAAAGCCCUUGCAGAGUCACCCGUCUUGGUGGAAUCGCCGACACAAGUGGAAUCUCCCGUGCCCGGGGAGUCGGCGUUUGCAUCAAUUGGAAGUGGACAGAGCACCCCUCAAGCAUCGCGCCACGCUAGCACUGCCGAUAUGCAGUCGCCACAGUUCAGUUCUCCCGCGCAACAACGAUCUGCGUCUUCUCCAUUGCCUCGACCCAGCCUGGCAGCCGAAAUCCAGCAAGCGUUCCGGGGUCCCAUUGGCGACCACAUAAACGGCGAGGACAGUCCGGUCAUGAACGAGACGUUGAGCGUGAUCGAUGAACACAUCACGGAUAUGAACACUCCGCGUCAUAGCGUCUCGACUCAAGAGCCUAGAACGAUCAACGAUUCGGGUAGCGAAUACAGCAGUCAUAUCGGUCAUAGGGCUUCCUAUAUCAACGGCCAUGAGACGGAUGACGAGGAGCAGAAUCACCCAACGGAGCAGGAGGUGCGGGGCUGGGAUCAAGCACAGACUUCAAGAUGCCUGCGCGGGCUCGGUAUCGAGCCGAAACAUUGCGACAUCUUCGAAGAACAAGAAAUCACUGGCGAUGUGCUGCUUGACAUGGACCAGGAUUUCAUUUUUAUGAAAGAAUUCGACUUUGGAGUCAUGGGCAAGCGGCUCAAAACUUGGCACAAGAUCAAGGCCUUCCAAGAAGACACCAAAGGCUUCGGUCAGUACCCAGGCGCGAGAGGUUCCAUCUCCUCCGGUUUCUCGGGUCCUUCGCCUUCCGAAGACCGCGCAACGUCCCGCGCUGGACACACCGGUCCACUGCUUCCUCGGAUUCCGACCUUGUCAGACAAGACCGGCGCUGGGUACCCUCGGGCCUCUGCACCUGUACAGCACCCACGGCUCGCCAGCAACAAUAGCUCGCCCAUGACACCACACACCCCUCCGUUUAACAAUGAUCCAUCAAGGAGAAUGUCCGCGGCCUCGAUCCGUGAACUUAAUCACACGCGCCGUCAUUCAUCUAUUGACGCAACCCAACGCGGCAUGUCAGAUACGGUUUUCAACGGCCAUCAUCACAAGAAUCCCUCAUUUGACCGGUCCUGGACUCUAAAUUCCGGCCCACAAACCAUGCCUGCCCGCCCAGGAACCUCGAUGGGCACUACUUCUGGCUUCCGGGGUGGACCGCUAACGGCUGAGUCUGAUUCGUACACCAAUUCCUAUCAAAGCACCCCGGAUCAGAUUGAUGACCUGGAUCGGGGCUACUUCUCCGGGACCGAGGUUGACUCGCGCCGAACCCGCCGACAUCUCCAGAAACGGGCGUCCGCCGCCGCCGGCAGCAUGAACAAUCACUCGCGAAAGUCGAGCUAUGCAGACGACCAAUAUAGAGUGAUAUCGCCAGCGAAGCGCCAGUCUCGCAUCGGCAGUGUUGACUCGAUCCGCGAGGCAGCAAAGCAUGUGUCUCCCGCGGCUCAAGCCUACCACAGCACACCCCCGAAAAGUCGUCUGCGGAGCUUGAGCACGCGCCUGUCGUCGGACAGAGCUGGGAGCAACCCUCAGUCCUCAACCAGCGACAGCAAGGGUAGUGGUGGGUUCUUCGCCAAUUUCUCUCGGGUGGGCGGCAGUAAGGAUUUGGAAGGCCCUUCUGCUAGAGCGGCGCCGUUGCAAUUCCAGCCACUGAAGAACGCUGGGCCCAAGUUUCGCCGAGCCAUGGGUCUUCGAGCCAUUUCCGACGUCGUUGGGAAGAAGCCAGAGACUUCUGCGCCUGAUUCGCCGCGGGAUUCAGAUCCCACCUCUGCUCGCACCGGGUCUACCACUCCAUCGGCGACAUCGAAGAGCUCGGAGAGGCACAGCACAGAUGGAUCCGGCAAGGCUGCCUUCGACAAACAAGGAUUUGUGGUUCGUCCUCGAACCGUCAAGUCCAAGAAGGAAACCAGUGCGUAUACCCGGGGCCUUGAGAAGAAGACACCCGCAGAGCAGAUGGAAGGCUGUGAUUAUAGUGGAUGGAUGAAAAAGAGAUCCUCCAACUUGAUGACCACCUGGAAACCGCGUUUGUUUGUCCUGCGGGGUCGUCGCUUGUCCUAUUACUACUCCGAGGAUGACACUGAAGAGAGAGGCUUGAUCGAUAUUACUGCUCACCGGGUUCUGCGAGCGGACCAAGACCCCAUUAUCGCUUUGCACGCAACCAUCACCGGUUCAACUGCACUGCCCGCCAAUGCCAACAAUACCGCCGAAGGCUCUGGUAGCCACAAGCUCACCACUCCCUCGGUCAUUCAGUCGCUCACGAGCAAGGACGGCAGUGGACCGUUCUUCUUCAAGCUUGUGCCCCCGAAGAACUCGCGCGCCGUCCAGUUCACCAAGCCCGCCACUCACUACUUCCAGGUUGACAAUGUCCAGCAGGGUCGUCUGUGGAUGGGCGCAUUGAUGAAAGCGACCAUCGAACGUGAUCUGGGCCAAGCAGUGGAGUCUACCAACAAGCAAAAGACCAUCAGCUUGAAGCAAGCCCGCCUGAUGAACCAGCGGCCGCCAGAUCUGACUCCUGCUUCGGGCAACACCAAGACCGAGCAGACUAUCGAUGAGGAAGAAGAAGAUUCGGGUCUCCAAAUCGAUGGCCUGAACCUUCCACCGGCUUACAUUGCCAACUCAUUUGACGACACUAACAGCGAUUUGAACGACAAUGAAGACGAGGAGCAGGAACGGCCUGUAUCCAAUCUUCCUGGAGAUUUCCAUGCGGCGCUGCUUCCGGAUCCUUUGGCGAAGACAGAAUCUAAGUGA